AUGGCUUCGCCACCUAAGCCCUGGGAACGAGCUGGAGCCUCAGUGCCUUCACUUACCAUCCCUCCUUCAUCAGCCUCAUCAUCAGCGCCUCUGUCGCCGGCAUCAUCUGUUGCAUCCAUGGACGCACCUCCGAUACCAGAGCGCCCGGCGUCGUUUGCCGCGGCCAUGACCCAGAACGCCGCCACCCCUACGCCCGGUGUCAUGGGCGGCAUGGCUGCCUCUCCCUACGGCGCCUACAACAACGCAUACUCGUCGCCCUACUCAAGUCCCUACUCGCGCAUGGGAGGCGGCUAUGGAGGAUAUGGCGGCAUGUAUGGCGGCGGAUACGGAAUGGGCAUGGGAGGCAUGUACGGCGGCGGCAUGUAUGGCGGUGCCAUGGGCGAUCCCAACAGCUUGGCCGGCCGCUUCAGCAAUGGCACCCAGGCGACCUUUCAGAUGCUUGAGGGCGUCGUCACUGCCUUUGGUGGAUUUGCACAGAUGCUCGAGAGCACAUACAUGGCCACGCACUCUAGCUUCUUUGCUAUGAUCUCCGUCGCCGAACAGUUCGGCAACCUGCGCGAUACCCUAGGAUCUCUGCUCGGAAUCUUCACCCUCAUCCGUUGGAUCCGUAGUCUACUGGCCAAGCUCACUGGCCGCCCCCUCCCUGCUGAUGUCGCAGCCCUCAACGCCUCAGACUUUGCUCGAUUUGAAGGCCGAUCUGGCGCUGCUGGAUCCCAGCCCCCCAAGGCCAGCCGCAAGCCUCUCAUCUUCUUCCUCCUCGCUGCCUUCGGUAUCCCCUACCUCAUGUCCAAGGUGAUCAAGAACAUUGCCGCCUCCGCCGAGGAGGAAGAGAAGCGUCUUCAGCAGCAGGCCCUCGAGGCCCAGCAGCCCGUCGAUCCCGCCAAGCUGGAGUUUUGCCGUCUCCGAUUCGACUUUGCCCCCCAGCAGCCCAACGGCAUGGAACUGGAGGGACGCAAGGGAGAUCUCGUCGCCGUCUUGAGCAAGAACGACCCUGCUGGUCAGCCCAGCGAGUGGUGGCACUGCCGCAGCCGUGAUGGCCGCCAGGGAUACCUGCCCUCAACCUAUCUCGAGAUUUUGAAGAAGUCUGCUGAGCCCAAGAAGCUCAAGGCCGCUCCUGAUAGCAGAACCAACUCAUUGACCAGCUCAUCAACAAGCGAAGAGGGCAAGAAAGAGUAUGCCACCGCCGAUGGCAUGCAGAGGAGUCACUUCUACUCUUAA